AUGGCUGAACCUACAAAUAAUGACAUCGAUAUGGUGGAUGAGGAUUUCGAUGACGCUGAAGAAAAUGUUAUUGACGUGCCGAACUCAACCAAUCAACAACCUACUUCAGGUGAAACCCAAGAAAAACAGUCGAAGGAAGAAAAGUCAAAGCAAAAACAACAAUCGCUAUCUGCAGCUGCGGCGGCUACGGCAGCGGCAGCCUCGUCAUUAAUCCCCGACUUGCCUGACCUUACACGUAAAGAUAAAACGCUCAAGGAAGUUCUAGAUAUGAUGGACGAUGAGUUUGCACCUAUCAUACCUGACGCCGUAACAGAUUAUUACUUGGCAAAGAACGGAUUUGAAUCGUCGGACGUGAAGAUAAAAAGACUCAUAGCAUUAGCCACCCAAAAGUUCGUUAGUGACAUAGCACAAGAUGCGUAUGAGUAUAGCAGGAUUAGAAAUGCCAGUGCCGUUUACAACUCCUCUAACCCCCAAGUGAGAGCAAAGCAAUUACUCCAGGGACAACAAUAUGCUAACCAACAAACAUUAGCAGGAAACGGUAAUGCUAAUGCAGAGAGCGGUGAGCAGCAAACAUCUCAACAAUCGCACUCCACCGUUGGCAAUCAGCAAGGGAAGGUGGUGUUGACCAUGGAAGACCUUAGUAAUGCGCUAAGCGAGUACGGUAUGAAUGCUUCUAGACCAGGGUUCUACAGGUAG